UUCACUACCCAUUUUCUUUUUCUUUCCAUUAUUUUACUAGACUUAUAGAUAUUAUAUUCGUUUUUUUUUUCCUUAUCCUGACAAUUAUCAUACCAUUCUUACUAUCCAUCAACAACGGAAGAUCGUCCCUUUUUUGUAUACAACCAUUUAAACAUCGAGGGAGACAUUUCCAAACUUAGGCGAUACAACAAACAAUCAAAACCUCAUAAUACACCAUUCAAAUAAUGUCAACUUCAAUUUUUAAAAAGAUAUAUGAAAGCUCCAAACUGUUGGCAACUCCAACUUCUGCUCAACCGUUACCAGCACUGAAAAGAGAUAUGGCCCAGAUUGAAAAGGAAACGGAAUAUAUGUCUAAACGUAUCAAACCCAAUCCUCAACUCCAUGCUCAAGCACAUUACUUUUUAGCUCAAGGUGGAAUCAACAGCCAAGAACUUGCCCAAAAUCUCAAUGUCAUUGAUAACAUGUCUGUCACUCCAAGACCUGAAUUCAUCAGCAAUACCAAUGUGGAAGAAUACCAUGAUCAAAUGCACGAAAUAGAUGUCAUUAAUACCAUUGAAGAGAUAAGGCAGCAAACAGAUGAUUAUGUAGAUGGUUUAGAAGACAAGAUAUUCCAAAGUGACAUGGAUCAGAUUCAAAAAAGUAUCAAGGAAGUGGAAGAACUGGCAAAAAGCAAGAAAGCCCUCAAUACUGAUCCCUAUACUCAAUACUUGAAUUUAGCACCUAAUUCAAAAAUACACGCUCAAUUAGAGGAUCAAAUGACGGAUUACGCAAAGGUAGUAAUGGCAACAAAUGACAUGCGCUUGAAAAACAAGGAUUAUCCUAUUAUCAAAGCUUUCAAAGAAGUCGUGGUCAAUAAACCCAGCACAGAAAUGGAGACUACUAUAUCAAAGAAUGGACUAGUAGAGCGAAAGGAUUACCGUGUAGUCAGUAUGUGGCAAUUAUUGGACAAAUUGGUGGGUGAAAGUGAUGCUGACCUGGAUGAUCGUCUUCAAGGCCGAUAUAUCAAGACAUUUUUAGUACCUUCGUAUGACUCUCAAGAAUCUCUAGAAUCCCGGCGACAUUUGAUUCAAUGUUCCAAGGCAUGGUUAGAAGAUCAAUCUAUUCAAUAUAUGGAUGAUGUUUUGUUGAAAAAUGCUCAUGAAGCCAAGCCCGGUGGAAAUCCUUCUUUUAUUCUUCGAUUGCAAUCCUUUUUGAAACUUACAUUCAAGAAAAAUUCACAAUGGACUGAUGACAGAUUGGAGAUUGUAGAUGACUUGCCGGUUUGGACUUUUAUCUUUAUGGCGUUAAGAAGUGGACAAGAUGAAUUGGCAUUGGAAUUUAUUCAACAUCAUCCUACAUUAUACAGGUCAGAAGAACAAUUUGUGGAUUAUCUAAAGGAAUAUUUAUCAAAUCCGGAUCGAUGUUUAUGCAAAGAAACAAGGGAUAAAGUGAUGGCAGACUAUCAGCGAUUAGAGUACUCUGAACGAAAUGCAGAUCCAUAUAAAGUCAUCUUGAUCAAGAUUCUUGGCCGAUGUGAACUUAACAAGAAAAACUGUCCCGACGUAAUCAAGACUACAGAAGAUUACUUAUGGUUACAGUUGACUUUGAUUCGAGAAAAUCUCGAUGAACAUGAUUUUUGGCAUGAAAAAUAUACGCUACAAGAUUUACAACAACUGAUGACUACCUUUGGUGCUAAACGGUUCGAUCCUACUGGUUCUACUCCAUGGACUUAUUUCAAAGUACUGGUGGCUACUUUACAAUUUGAACAUGCGAUCAAUUAUUUGUAUAAGAAUGAACAGUCAAGAUUACAAGCUAUUCAUUUUGCCAUUGCGAUGAUGUAUUACGGGCUUUUACGGAUUCCAAAUGAACCUCUACGUUCAAGUUUUGAUCUUUUAAUUAUGGAAGGCACCAAAAAGGAUAUUGCGACAUUAAAUUUUACUAGGAUGAUUUAUCAAUAUCUUCAUCACAAUGUCAGUCUCAAGACAGACACGAAGAAAUAUACUCAACAAAGAUUCUUUUUCUUAAAUGACAAGAAUUCAAACCAACAACAACAACAUCAACAACAACAACAACAACAACAACAACCAUACAUUCAACAGCAUCCAAGAAAUAGUUUACAUUAUUUACUUUUGUUGCCUCUAUAUUCAACACAAGAUGGUUAUUAUAAUGACAAUAUGGUGACAUUGGCUCGAUCUUAUGUUCGUGAUCUGAUUUUAUCAACUGAUGAUUACAAAUCUCUUUUAGGUUCUUCUUCACCAGAAAAGGGUAGAUUGCCUGGAUAUAUGGAUCAAUACAAAGCAUUACUAGGAUUGGGUAAUGAACAAGACUAUGUCAAAUACCUUCUUCAUCCAUUGGCGGAAAAUUAUGUUGAAAGAGGAAAAUAUGUUGAAGCUGUAUAUGAUUAUGAACUAUCUGGGGAUUACAAUGUGGUUGUGGAUAUACUGAAUCAACAAUUAACAAGUGCAUUACGACGACAAACAUACACUCUAACAGAAGGCAAUAUGAUGACUAUACCCGAUAUGAUUCAAUUCACAGUAUCAACGUUGAACCAUUACGAACAACAUCAACAUAUUAUUGAAAUGAUCCAUGAAAGCAAAAAAAUAACGGUAUUGGUAUUGGUACAAUUUGUCAAAGGAAAAGAAUUUUAUGAUCAAGGUGAUUACGACAAGGCAUUACAGGUGAUUGGACAAACUGGAGUGAUUCCGAUAGGUGAUGGUAGUCAACUCCUCCAAGUAGUGGAUCAAUUUGAAAAACUGGAUACAUCUAUUUGCAAUAGUAUGCCUGAUGUUCUAUUGAUGGUGAUGGAUAUGUUAUAUAAAACUUGGCAAGAAUUCAAAAAUUCUGAUGAUGAAUUACGACCCAUGAUUCAACAAACUCUAUCAAACCUUGAACAAAAAGUACGAACUCUUCUUGUGUUUGUUGGUAUGAUUCGAUUAAAAAUUCCUGCUGAUACAAUCAUCAAGUUGAACAAGGUUGAAAUGAUGAUGAUGGAACGUAAAAGUUAAUAAUAAUAAUAAUAAGAUAUAGGUAUUAGUUGUUGUUUUUUUUUUGUUAGUUAGUUAGUAGUAUAUAUUAAAAUUGAAAUCAAUCAAUAAAAGAAAAAAAU